AUGUUCAGUUGGUCUAAUAGAGAAGGGAAGAAAGACCCAGAACUUUUCCAAAACGUGUCGGAGGGACUGAAGCGCCUCUACCGCACCAAACUAUUCCCUUUGGAGGACACCUAUCACUUCCACGACUUCCAUUCACCGGCUUUAGAAGAUGCCGACUUCGACAACAAGCCCAUGGUGCUGCUGGUGGGACAGUACUCGACCGGGAAGACCACCUUCAUUAGGCACUUGAUGGAGCAGGAUUUCCCCGGGAUGAGGAUAGGCCCCGAGCCCACGACCGACUGCUUCAUCGCGGUUAUGCACGGCGAACAGGAGGGCAUGAUACCUGGCAAUGCGCUGGUCGUGGACCCGAAAAAGCCUUUCAGAAAACUCAACGCCUUUGGAAACGCUUUCCUCAAUAGGUUUAUGUGUGCUCAAUUAAACAACCCCGUCUUGGAGAGCAUCAGUAUCAUCGAUACUCCAGGGAUCUUGUCAGGGGAAAAACAAAGGAUCAGCAGAGGCUAUGACUUUGCUGCAGUUCUUGAGUGGUUUGCAGAACGAGUGGACAGAAUCAUCUUGCUCUUCGAUGCCCACAAGCUGGACAUUUCUGACGAGUUCUCAGAGGUGAUCAAGGCCCUGAAAAACCAUGAGGACAAGAUGCGUGUGGUUCUGAACAAAGCCGACCAGAUCAACACCCAGCAGCUGAUGAGGGUGUAUGGUGCCCUCAUGUGGUCCCUGGGGAAGAUCAUCAACACCCCUGAGGUGGUCCGAGUGUAUAUCGGCUCAUUUUGGGCUCAGCCACUUCUGAUCGCAGAUAACAGGAAGCUGUUUGAAGCAGAAGAGCAGGACCUCUUCCGGGAUAUUCAAAGUCUUCCCCAAAAUGCAGCUCUGCGGAAACUCAAUGAUCUGAUCAAAAGAGCACGACUUGCUAAGGUACAAGCUUACAUUAUCAGUUCUCUGAAGAAAGAGAUGCCAAGUGUUUUUGGCAAAGACUCAAAGAAGAAAGAGCUUAUUAACAACUUGGGCACUAUAUAUGAAAAGAUUCAGAAAGAGCACAACAUUUCACCAGGAGACUUUCCUAAUUUAAAGAAAAUGCAGGAGUUGCUAGCUCUUCAGGACUUCAACAAAUUUCCCGCCUUUAAACCAAAAUUGCUAGAGGCAGUGGAAGACAUGCUAGGUAAAGACAUCGCUAAGCUCAUGACGCUGGUCCGUAAGGAGGAGGCUGCCAUGACCAACCAGUCAGUGAAGGGGGGUGCGUUUGAGGGAACCAUGAAUGGGCCAUUUGGGCAUGGAUAUGGAGAAGGUGCAGGUGAAGGCAUUGAUGAGCUGGAAUGGAUCGUGGGCCGUGAUAAGCCAUCCUAUGACGAAAUAUUCUACACGCUCUCACCAAUUAAUGGCAAGGUAUCUGGGGCCACGGCUAAGAAGGAGAUGAUGAAGUCCAAGCUGCCAAACACAGUGCUUGGAAAGAUUUGGACUUUAGCAGAUGUUGACAAAGAUGGCUAUCUGGAUGAUGAAGAGUUUGCGCUUGCGAAUCAUCUGAUUAAGGUAAAGCUUGAGGGGCACGAGCUUCCGGCCAAACUGCCUGCUCAUCUUGUGCCCCCUUCCAAACGGCAGGAGCAGAACUGAAGAGCCGGUGUGAGUUGGUUGGAUUUCAGUGGCUCUCAGCUACAUUCCAGAGUGCCCAAGCCACUCUUCCAGCUUGAUUUGACCAUUCAGUUGACUAACCAGUUUUCAGGAAAUUGAUUGUCCUAAUCAGAAAUGCUUGGCUAAGAAUGAUAGGACUGAGAAGACAAACCAGGAACUCAUUUGCCAGUGAGAGACUUUUUCUUUCUUCUGCUUAAUAUUUUAAAUGGCU